AUAUCUUCAAAUACUGUUGCGAACAAUCCUUCUGCUCUUCGUUCUUCGUGUCCUCCCAGUGCUGUUCAUUCUCCUACAACUAGACGGAAUGUAACAAUCAUAGAUGGAAUUCCAAACUCUGCACCUUCAAACCUACAACUGUCAACAGCGCGUUCUGCGAUAGGAAAUGUAGGCAAUGUUCCUAAUGUAAUGUCGACUUCGUUGAUUUUACAGCCUAUUAACAACACUGACAGGUAACACUGUUUUCUUCUGAUAUUCUACAUGUUCACCUACAACGCUGUACCUUCUUAAUAAGUUUUGUGCUUAUGCAGACUUACUUUCUAUCUGAAGAAUAUCCAUAGAUUAGGUAGAUUUAAUAUUCUGUUCCCAUACUUGAUCUUUUACUCGAAUAAAGAGUUCCUAUAUUAUCUGGUCUCAUGCAUUCAUUGCCAAGUUCCAUUCAUGAAACUUUACUUAAGAAUAAAGAUACUCAACAGCUACAUAAUUUUUUCAUGCUCUUGGCGAUGAACCACAUCUAUUUAGUAGGUUCGAUAAUAUUACCUCCCUACUCUAGCAUCAAUCUGUACUGAAUUGGCUAAAAUUCAAAUACCUAAACCAAUGAUUUAUAACCCAACAAAAGGCUUAGGUCUAUUGACUCAUCUGAUAACCAUGGUACAUUGAGUAGUCCGUAUAAAUGAUCAUCACACACAGAGUUGUGUGUGAGGUUUUGCAGUCUAUAUCAAUGGUCGUGUUUUAACUUGAAAUUUGAUGAUAUACUCAUUGCUUUUUUAAGCUCGCAGCAUCAUCGCGUCCCAAUUAUUUGAAAAUAUAACAGUACAUUAAGUGUUUUUACAUAAGUUUAAAGUUCAAAAUUGAAGUUUAUUUUGAACAAAGAACAGUAUAUUCUACAGUUUCCUAUUGUCGUGAAAACCGACUUGAAUGUUUUGUUUGUAUUUUUCUUAGCGUAUCAGCUGAAAGUAGGCCCACUAGUCCCACGAGUAAAACAGCCCCCAUAGCUUCUCUAUGUCUAAUGGCCUCUGAACCUGAUGACGUCUUCAAUCGGCUUACCAGUGGAAUGUCAAAUUCGCCAAAUCCUACCAGAGGUUCGAUACGCCCCUUGACGAAAUUAAAUACUCCAAGCUUGAUUUCCGCUAAUAAUACAAAUACGAAUCUAAUUUCGAAUACCAAUACAUCAAAUCAGUCUUACCAUUUGUCUUCCUCUUCGUUAAGUCAAUGUUCAAACACUUUGACUGAUCUUGGUAAUAAUUUGUCUUCCCAAUCUAUAAGUCAGCCAUUGGCUUCAUUUUCCACAUCAUUUACUAUUUCGCAUGCAGCUCACGCAAACGUCAAUGGGUCUCAUAUAUCAUCCAAUAUGAAUACUACAUCGUCAUCAACAGCUCAUUCAUCUUCCCUCUUCCCUGCUCCUAUUGAAUGUACACAUGUAGCUAAGGGACAUUCAAAUGCUGUCCUAGAUGUUGAUGUGUUAAACAGCAUUAUGAUAACCGGUAGUAAAGAUCGUACUGCAAAAAUUUGGGAUUUAAAUACAAUGGAAGAAGUAGACACGUUUCAUGAUCAUCCUAAUAAUGUAACGAAAGUCAGAAUGUGUCAAAGAUCAAAUCUUAUUUUCACGGUUUGCUCGUAUUUCAUUAAAGUUUGGGAUCGCAGAGAUUCACGCAAAUGUAUUCGCACUUUAUUAUCAAGUGGGCUGAGUCAAGAAGGUUCUUUCGAAACAAAAGCUAUGCGUCGUCAAAAUAUUUGUCCACCUGGUGAAACUAAUAUCAUGGAUAUCACACUUGGCGGCCCUAGUACGUCAUUAAGUCACCUAAUGUUUUCAGCUACUGCCAAUUCUGUGAAGUUAUGGGAUUUAAGACGUUUUUAUUGUGUCGGCAAGCUACAUGGUAGUCAUCAAGCGCCUGUAAUGGUGUUAGCUGCCGCUCAAAAUUCACUUUCUCCGACUGAUAUUUCGGAACCCAGACUGACUGUGGUUACUGGUUCAAAAGAUCAUUACAUAAAAGUUUUUGAUGUGUCUUCAAAUGCAUCCGGUCUACUCACACCCAUUUAUGAUUUAGAGCCACCGCAUUAUGAUGGGAUCGAGUCGUUAGUAAUCCAUGAGAAUAUUUUGUUUUCUGGUUCCCGGGACGCUGCAAUCAAAAAGUGGAAUUUAGCCAAGCAAGGCCGCCAGGAUGUAUCACUAGCUCAAGCUCAUAAAGACUGGGUACAAGGUAUGGCUAUUAUAAAAGAUGGGUCAAAGCUUAUCAGUGGUUGUCGUGGUGGUACACUUAAAGUUUGGAAUGUCGAAGAUUGUACUUGUUUGGGAGAAAUCAGCAAUGCACAUGAAGGAGCUAUUAAUUGUGUAAGAACAUACGAAAAUCGUGUGUUCACAGCUGGCAAUGACAAAGAUAUUCGAUUUUGGAGAUUUCUGAGUUAAUUUACAGAGGAUUGUAUUAUUACUAGUACUAUUAUAUUCGUGUAUUUGCAAUAAAUACAAGAAUAAUGCUCCAAACAGAUCAUCUCUGCAAUAUAGUGACUACAAUUCAAUGUUAUAAUUUUUUUAAAUGUCUUGCCAUUUUCUUGAUUUCAAUAUAUUUUUGGAUACAGUGAUUUCUGUGAUACUGAGUGUAUAUGGUAACUUUCUUUGUUUUAGCUACUCUAUCAGAAAUUACUGCUUUCUUUAUCUUGAAUGAUGUCUGAACUUCUAAUAAUCAUUGUCGUCAGUUGCAACACAUUAUAUAUUCGUAAAUAAUUAUUUGUUUCUGAAUAACAUUUUCAGUGUGUAUUUUUUUAUCCUAUAAUAAUGAAUAAUUAUCAGAAUUUCUGAAGCAUUUUGAAACCUAUCGACUGAGUUUUUGCUUGAUUUAAUCCUAACUAAACACACGUAUAUAUUCAUAUUUUCCUCACUCUUUUUACAUUCUUGCCACUCACUAACAAUAACGGUGGUAAUAUCAAUAAUAAUAAUAUAAAAUAAAUGCAUCUUUGGUGUAACAGAAUGUAGAUCCUACUUCCGAGGUUUAGACUCACAAGUAGUUAUUUACCCAUUCUGAAACUAUCCAUUGUACUGUAUAACUGCUAUUGUAAUUCUCCUUAUUUUCUUUUGACUGGAAUUACACAAAUAUUAAAUUUUUACCGGCUUUAUCGUCAUUAUGCUAAAAAUAUAACUUCGGUUACUUGAAUAUUGAACUGAUGAACUAUAGAACGCAAGUUUGCUUAUCGUUAACAUCAUAAAUGAAUAUCUUUAUUUACAUUCUACUGUGCACAUUAUUUCUUAGUUCUGAGUAUUUAUGUUCCUUCUCUUGCUGUAUAUGGUUCAUUUAACGGCUUUUUCUCCUCUCACUAUAUCUUAUAUGUGCAUGCUUAUUUCCUUGCUAAAUCUCAUAUCAUUUCAUUCUUAACCUGUCCAUACAGUUCCUUGUGUGACAUAAUAUAUUCAUCAAUAAUGAAGUAUUACUACCGUUUUUGUGAAUUUGUUUUUAGUGUAUUUAUUUAUCGAUACACAAAGUU